UUCUACGAAGGAAAAUGUGUGGUUGGUUCUCUAGCAAUCUAAGAUGACCCUAGAGAAAUGAAACCAAACCUUGUUUUUCUCCUUUUAGGUGUCCCCUUCUCCUACGGACAAGGAGGUCUGAACCCUGAAGGUGAUGUGCAGUACAAAGGAGAUGACGUAAAAACAGGAGAUAUUGUCACACCAAGGAGUCCAGAUAUCCAUGAGGUUGCAAGAGAUAAGAGGACUGGAUUCUGGAAUGAAUUUAUAAACAAAGCAAAUGAAAUAAAUUCAAACAAUUCAAAAUCAAGAAAAGGAAAAAUUUUCAGCGUGUUUUCUGUGGUCAGUUUCCCAAACGAUGCUUGUCUUAGUGUUCUAGACUCUGCUAACGGAACCUGUUUGAGUCCACUGGAAUGUAAUCAACGGGGUGGAACUGCAGAGGGUUCCUGUGCUUCUGGGUUCGGAAUCUGUUGUGUUCUUAGACUUGAGUCCUGCGGGGGACAAAUUCUAAAUAAUGUUACUCAAGUUCAAAAUCCAGGAUAUCCUAGUAAGUAUAAAACUGCUGGUUCCUGUACAUAUAUAUUCAGAAAACAAUCGGAAGAUAUAUGUCAGAUUCGGUUGGAUUUUAAGACAGGAACAUUUAGCUACUCUUCCAAGGGUACUACAGGAUGUAUUCCUGGUACUACGGAUGUUCUCUCGUUCACUCUGAAAAACAAGGUUCCCUACUCUAAAGUAUGCGGUGAACUAACAGGACAGCAUAUGUAUUAUGAGGUUGGUAGUCCUGGGGAUACGGUAACCCUGGAUAUAUCUUUGGUUGGAUCUGUUUUAGAAAGAAAAUGGAAUAUUCUGGCUACACAGAUUGCUUGCGCAGAUCCUUGGAGGGCCCCAACGGAUUGUCUCCAGUAUCAUACAGGACCUAUAGGAUCCUUUCAAAGCUUUAAUUUUGCCUCCGGUCAACUUCUGUCAAGCCAAAACUAUAGAAUAUGCUUUAGACAGGAGCUAAGAUACUGCUCCAUCAGUUACCGUCCUAGCUCUCUUCCUUCCCCUCCUAAUCCUUUUCUUCUACCAACUUCUAACCCUGGAGGAACAACUACUACAAACAACUGUGUUGUUGCCUAUCUUGGUAUUCCUGUGGGAGGUGAUUCCGGAUUUGGAGACAGUAAAGCAAAUAGAUAUUGUGGUAACUUUUUUGAUAGUUCCGAAGGAGCUACAAGGAAUGGUCAAGUUUCAGCGGCAGUUACUCCAUUUGAUGUAUUUGUAUUCUCAGAUGCUUUAACAUUGGACAAAUCUGGUAGAACAGGGUUUAAUAUGAACUAUAGACAGAACGUGUGCUAAUGUGCCGAACAAGAUGAUUUUAGUUAAGAAGUGACUUAACUUGAACAAGUUAAAGAAUUUGUAAAACUGUUUCCAUAAAAACUGUAAAUCAACUUUCAAAAUGCAUAAUGAAGGAACAGGCAGUUUUUAUAAUGAACCAAGAUAGUUUAGGAGUGAAACUCAAUGUUUUAAUUGAUGUCUAGGUAAAACUGCCUGCAGGUUGUAGUGCAUAUUUUUAAGGCAGAAAACAGGCAGUCAUUAUAUAUAGAAGUGCUAAUUGCAUUAACAGACAAUUCUUUAAAAAAGUUUUUGGAUGUAAAUAUAUACACAAAUAUU